GGGCUAACUCCUGUGAUUCUUACAGGAGAUAGGAAGGUAAAUGCAUUUUGACUUUGUAGUGGCUUUCUUAUCUGAGUAAAGACUGUUGCUGCUUUGGUGAUCUGUUUUGACAUUUACUCAUCUGUGAGUCUUUAUCCUUUCUGUGAAAUUAUGCUUCCUGAUAUAUUCGGGAUUUUACCCUACCAAGUUUUUUUGACACUAAACUCCUCGGUUCUUCAAUCAUAGACUGAAAAGCAAUUUUGGUAGGCAUAUGUUCCUGUCACUUCAGUUGGGUAAGCAGCUUUUGGAGUGCCAUUCAGCAGCUGGAAUGCACACAACAGGUUUACUUAGCCUGUGUUAUUCCUGAGCAAUGCUUGCCUUUUUGUUUACCAGUGGCUACCUUGUGAUAUCGAUUUAUUGCCUCCUUUAGGUUAGAUUUUUGGAAAGAAGUUUGAGAGAACCAAUCAAAAAGCCUGUCAAGCUGUGUGCCUUCCACUAGGUGAUGCCAUUGAUGUGAGUUAACUGGAAGGACAGUUAUUCAGAAGGAGCUGCAGUUCAUGGCAGUAUACUUCUCUUUGAAUCUUGCAGACGCUUUAAGGCAACCUAGGAGAAGGCCAUGCUUGACAGCCAGGUGUAGCCUCUUGCUGGGUUUCAUCCCUAUAGUGUGGCACAAAGUGAAAUUACAGUUAGUAUCUUCACGUAGUAUGUUUAGGAAAAGUAAAAAUCUACUGAUGAGGACAGCAGCUAGAACCUUACUUGAGGUUGAAAUCACUUCUUCUAAGUCUCACUUUCGCGUGGGAGGGCAAGAUUAACUAUCUCCAGAAAUCCCUUCCAGCCUUAGCUGUUUUGCAGUUCUGUUAUUGAUGGGCAUCUGUGCAAGAAUUGUAUGGUAAGAGCUGCUCCUUGAUGCAGUGAAACAGUUUGUAACCUAUGUGGAAAUCCACAGCUACAAUAUACCAAAUCCAGAAGGAGAUGGGAGGAAAAAAGGGCUUCUAAGCUUGGUAGUGGGAUUCCUUUUAGCUCUUGCUGUGCCAGAGAUUUGGUGCGCAGCCUUUUAGUUUAAGGGACAGUUAAUUGCAUUGCCUAAACCUGAUCUAAAAGGAAUGUAGAAUUCCCGUAGUGUCUGCAGAGAGUGCUUCAGAACUGAAUUGAGAGACCCUCUGACUGGAAGUUCUCCCUUUAAAUGGCCUUCCUAAAACCUCUGUAUUAGUCUGUUCUUGUCUUUUUGCAAGUAAUGGUUGAUGGGUAUCUUUAAAUUGUUCAUUAAAGAUGGGCUGCUUGUGAGGAGUGUCAGUGGUGACUGAGAAUAAUCUAAGUUCUAGCUCAGAUGUGAGAUCUGGGUGUGCUUUUGUGUGCAGGCCUUUUGCUGUCUGUGAGAGGCUUGAGCAGAGAUUGUUGCUGACUGUACAAGAAGUAGAUUUUGGGAAAUGACUUGGUUGUAGGCUUGUUGUGGCUUGUGUAACUUGAAACAUCUCCACUUAUGUAUGAAACAAGUGUGCUCUAUCAAGCCAUGUUGUCUUUUAAAGAUAUUUAGGAUUGGUGUAUGCUUUCCUAGCGUAAUGUAGGUGAAAAUAGUGCCUGUGCUUUGAUUACCUUACUGGGCAGCUUGUGAGGUGAUCGGGGCACUGUACAGGACUGAUAUGAUGGAAUACCACCUUUAUAAGGAUGACUUUUCGAGGAGCCGAAUAGACAUGAAGAGGACUGUCCUGUUUCAGCGGCGCUGAGUGCAUCCUGCACUGAGUCCAGCUGUUACCUGAGGGAAUCGAAAGUUGACUGGUGUUUCAAAACUGUCUGAAAGUCUCCUUGUUACAGGAGACCAGUGCGAAAGAUGGUCAUGGACAUCCUUGGUUACUUCAUAAGGGUGUGGCAGGAAUUACUGAUGUUGUUACAGUUGGAGACCCCACCUGGAAGCCCCCAGCACAGGAAGGACAUGGAGUUGUUGGAGCAGAAAGAAAGGGGAUGAGAGUGAAAUACUGAUAAUGCUACAAAGGUGCCACACCCUGGUGCUACAGCAAGAAUUAUUGAGUGUGCUGGGAAAAGAGAUCACCUUUGGAUCCUUUUUGCUCAAUACAGUACAGUUCAACUGAGUCAUGUUGAGCUGUGAUGGGAUAGAAGCAGGCAUGCAGUCAAAGCAAAAAUUAUAUUUGCUUAACAUGUGAUUACAAAUCAACUGGAAGGAAGCCAGCUAUCUGGAGAGAGGCACCCUAUUAACAGAAGCUACUAGCCAUGUGCUGGAAGUUUGUAUAUAUAAUUAGAAGCUGACUGCCUAAAGAUGAGCUGUCAUCCAUGUGAAUCAGUAAGAAACUCUCUUCUUUCUAAUACUCUCAUACCAGUGGGUUUUUUUCCCGGCCAUGGAAGACUUGCAUCUUUCUGAAUUCCACAAAAUUUGCCUUCUUUGGAGACCUGACAUGAGCAAGAUGAUCUGGUUUGAAUGGUCUGUGGCCGUGGUGAAGCUAGAGAAGGCUGUAGUGUUGGACCUUGACUUCUUGAAGAGAGAACUGGGGUCCAAACAAAAGUAGUGGAAUCUUUGUAAAUGCAGCGAUAAAGCCUCAAGUCUAUGCUGAGAUGCUGCGCAGUGUGUUGUGGAGUUCAGGACGGUACAUCUCUCAGACAAAAGACCCUCUUCCUGACUCACUGGUACUCAAAGAUAUUGACUCAGAUGGACUCAGGAGGGAGGAAUGUGAAGCCAUGGAAGAUAGCUGUCAUCGUUGUGUCAGUGAUAAUUGGUCUGGCCCUCGUCAUUGGCUUGAUUUCUUAUUUUUUGUGCCAUUAUGAGGAUCGAUAUUACAAUGCAACUUUCCUUAUCACCAAUGUCCCAUAUGACCGUCAGUAUGGAAGGCAAACGACGGAGGAAUUCAGAUACCUGAGCCAAGAGAUUGAAACCAUGAUGUCUAAAGUAUUUAAGGGGUCCUUUCUGAGCAGCAAGUACAUUAGAUCCCAUGUUGUCACUCUAAGCCCAGAUCCUGGUGGAGUGCUUGUAUCUGUUGCUCUGGUAUUUAAAUUUGCCUCAGCUGACAGUGAGGCAACAAGCUGGAGUCAUGUCUACAGUGUGUUACGUAGAAGACUUGAAAUAAGCUCAACGUUCUUGAAUGUUGACCAGUCUACCAUUAAACUCACAGAAUUGAAUAAGGAGAAUGGAGAUAACCUUAUAAACAACUUCUGUGGAAUACGAAAGGAGGGAUUCUCCUUCUCAGGAGUGGAAAGAAUAACAGAUGGACAACGUGCGCAGGAUGGAGAGUGGCCAUGGCAAGCUAGUAUUCAGCUUGAUGGGACACAUUACUGUGGUGCCUCAGUGAUCAGUAAUACAUGGCUAGUGACUGCAGCCCAUUGCUUUAAAGCAGGAAGAGAACCUCGGAGAUGGACUGCCAGUUUUGGAAUUCUGUUGAGGCCUCCAAAACAGAGAAGAUAUGUCCGAAGAAUUAUCAUUCAUGAAAAAUACAAUAGCCUUGUCCCUGAUCAUGAGUAUGAUAUAGCUCUUGUGGAACUUGCCUCCUCUAUUGAGUUCACAAGUGAUGUGCACAGUGUCUGUCUUCCUGAAGCAUCUUACAUAUUAAAAGAUAAUACUUCCUGUUUUGUCACAGGUUGGGGAGCUUUGAGGAAUGAUGGCCCUAGUGUUAAUCAGCUUCGACAAGCAGAAGUAAAAAUUAUUAGCACUGCAGUUUGUAAUAGACCACAAGUGUAUGCUGGAAUGAUAACACCAGGGAUGUUGUGUGCUGGAUACUUAGAGGGACGGGUGGAUGCUUGCCAGGGUGACUCUGGUGGGCCACUGGUGAAGGCAAACUCCAGAGGAAUCUGGUAUCUCGUGGGAAUAGUGAGCUGGGGUGAUGAAUGUGGCAAGGCAGAUAAACCAGGAGUGUACACGCGAGUGACUUUUUAUCGAGACUGGAUUGCUUCCAAAACCGGCAUCUGAAACCUGCGGUUAAGUUCUGUGGGCUGUGUGAAGGGCUAUUCCUCUAACACGUUCUGCUCUGUGGUUACCCUCUAAACAGCUUCUGCCUUGGCACAUGAUGAUGUAUCAAGUGCUGGCAGGCUUGGAGUAGUCUAGGACUUGAAAUUGGUUUGGCUUACAACCGGAAAAGAAUGAACUCAAUCAUGUGACACAGCAGUUUGUUCAGGAAGUACUCUGUCAAAGGGGCAAAGACUUUGGUUUCUGUGCAGGAUAGAGACCCUCUUCUCUGUGUCCAAAUCUUAUGGCUGCUACUUUGUGGGCCAAGCAUGAGCCCACAAAUCCAUUUACCAGGAUCUUAAAAACAGUUGCAACUAAAAUGUGACCCAUCCAUUUGCUGUGUGCUUCUAAGGCCCUGCCUGUCUGUAGACCAGCUACCAUUGAACCCCUGACUUUAAGACUGCUGUGCUUUUUUCCUGCAUUGUUCCAUGGAGCAUGUCUAUGCUAAUAAUGAACAGAAGAUGGCUUAGAGAAAUUUCAUUUCCUAGUAUCAUGUCAUACAGUUACCUAAGUGAACUCAGAAGUAUUUUUUGCUGUGUUGUCCUGAAAAAGGGAUCGCUGAGAAAAGCCAGCUUCUAUGCACCGCCCUUGAAUGUGUCCACUUCCUGCUUCUUAUGAAGAGCCCCUACUACAGCAUUUGCCAUGAAAGUGAUUUCUGGACUUGAGAUCAAGUACUUAGUGUUCACACUAGUCUAUUGUUUUACUUAAAUAUCUGACUGAAUGAAAUUCCAUUUUAAAACUUUCCAGAUUGUAUUGUUUUUAAUAAAGUCCUAAGCUCUUUUGUUUUUGGCAA